AUGAGUGCUAUAAAAAUUCAAAAAACGCUUGCAGUACCUGGAAUAGUUAAUUUUGGUUAUACUAAGUUAGAGAAAAAAAAAGAAAAAACUAGAUCGGCACGAUGUAAAUUUUGUCAAGCUUUAAUUACCGAUGGAGUUGCGACUACAAGCAACUUCAUUCGCCAUUUAGAAACACAUCCAGGAAAAUAUGAAUUAUAUCAAAAGUUUAUUCAGACAAGACCAACGGCUGCUUCACCAGACCAAUCUAAGAUUUCAGACUUUCGAGCAGUUGCUUUGGGAGAGAGUUCUAUGACAACAUACGGCCGCACCCACCCCAAGCAACGAAGAAUUUUGGCAGCCGUUGUGAAACAUCUAGUAGUUGGUGCAUCACUACCCGUGUCUAUAGUAGCAAGUGAACAUUUUAGGCGAUACAAUAACGUUCUUGAUCCUCAAUGCUCAACUAUUAGCCGUUUUGUCGUAAAAACCUAUUUAGAGAAAACGUAUACGGAUGCAAAGGAAAAAUUAACUGAAAAUUUAUGUCAAGCUGCAAGCAUUUCCCUGACACUUGAUAUUUGGUCAGAUAGAAAAAUGAGGGGUUACCUUGGUGUAACAGCGCAUUACAUACAUAACUAUCACUGUCACACACGACUGUUGGCAUGCGAUAGGUUCUUAGUUGCUCACACUGGUUAUAACAUAGCAGAACAUUUUGAAUCCAUUUGUAAAACAUACAAAAUUCUUGACAAAGUUGUGUAUGUUGUGACGGACAAUGCCUCAAACAUGCACAAAGCAUUUACUACAAAUUUUCCAGAAGACCCCGAAGGUGGCGGUGAUACAUCUGCAGAGGAACUUGCAGAGGACUUAGAAAAUGAAGACCUGUGGGAAGACAUUAUUGCACCGGACAAAAUAAUCCAAAAUAUCAAUCAGCUUAACCCAAGAAGAGAGGUUACAAGACUAAGCUGUUUUGCUCACACCCUACAAUUAGUUGUUGGCGAUGGUCUUAAAGAGGCAAAAAUUUACUCCGCUCAAGUUAAAGCAUCCAAAAUAUGCACUUUGCUUCAUACUAGUACAACAUUUAAAGUGGCUUUUGAUAAAACGUUUGGCUUCAAACAGGGUAUUCCUCUAGUAAACGCAACAAGAUGGAAUUCCACAUUCCGUCACAUAAAAAGCGUUGUCAAUUUAGAUGAAAAGAAAUUGAAAAACCUGCUUGAUGAUUUAAGUCACCGCAAUCUAAUACUAAAUGAAAGAGAAUACGUGCAACUUAGAGAGCUUAUUGAUUUAUUGCAACCAUUUCUUGAAGCCACCGAUAUGACUCAAAGUGAAAAAAAUAUAACAACUUUAUUAGUAGUUCCCUCUAUCGUUGGGCUAUAUAGUCACUUAGAACAAUUUAAGACAACUUAUCUGUCCGGUAUGAAACAGGUAUUGCGAAACAGUCUUCAAAAAAGAUUUUCUGGUAUAUUUGCAAAUGUUGACCUUAUCCCAUCAAUAGAUAAGAAACUACCAUUUAAUGACUUGAUAUAUAUUAUUGCCACAGUUUCGGAUCCCAAUUUUUCUUUCUUUUGGACUGAGAAGCUAUGUCAUGUCAAUCCAGGUCAAACAGACAACUUAAAGACAAAUAUUAUUUCAAAAAUCCGUCAAUUCUGCAACAAGCAGUUUAGCCAUACCAAUGUAGCCAUGGACGGAAAAGUCUUACCAGAAAACCUACCCUCUAAGAAGCCAAGAACUAAUUCAUUUUUGUACUCUUAUUGUAGAUCUACACUUGUCAUUCAGACUGGAACUACAUCACAACCACCUGUUAAAAGUUUUGAUACUCAGUUUCAUUGCUAUGAGGAACUAGUAAAUGAAGUGUUUGCAUCUAAUUUCAAUACCCUAGACAUAGACUGUCUCCAAUUUUUGAAAAUGCAUGGGCAAAAAUUACCAAUUCUCCGAAGUGCUGCCAUGUAUACUUUUGUGGUACCUGCAAGCAGUGCUCCUGUUGAAAGGGUAUUCAAUUAG